AUGUCUAUGGAUAGACGAACAGUAUCUGAGACGACGCGGCAGAACACCGCUCAGCAUUUGCAACCAGAGACUUCGGUAGCAGCCGCAUGUCAGUCGUUAUGGGCUGCGAAAGGUCAUUUGGAGGAGUUACAUGCGUUAGGAAUUUCCGACCCAUCUUCCGCAUCCACCUCUUUCGAAUCAAAUACAGAUAAUAGCCCAGCGCCAGGACAUCUGCCCACGGGCAAACCACGAGAAGAAGCAGCUGAGAAGAAACGUUUACAGUACAAGUGA